CGUGAGUUAUUGCAGAAGAAAGGAAUGCAUAAAAAAGAUUACAAGGACUCUCACGCAAGAGUCUGCUUGAGUAGACUCACGCGACUCUUGGAUAUGGACAUUCUUGAGGACUUACAACAACUUGAAUAUACGGGAAACGUAACUAGAAAUCUGGAGAUCGUAACGACUGUGAAACCUCACCGGAGCUUUUUUUCCAAAUCAACGGAAAAACUAAACAAAAUAAUGAGCAGAAAAGGUACGUAGUUUGUUUACUGUACUCAAGUUGGUCCUCGGUGGAUAGGUAUGUCCUUCACAAGUUUAGAAUGAUUUUGCAUUCAAAAAAGGUGACAGAGCUGAUAACCUAGCUUUGAUCCGCGUUUCUUUGGGAUGAUUCGGAUCAGGAUCAAGUGGCAUCAAAUGAACCGAUGAGUUUUUACACUGAGUGGAUUUACCGGUUCCUUUGACACUUCAUGAUCUGAUUAUUCGAAUUAGUUUGUGGUGCGUUCCAUUGGGAUGAUUUGGAUCAGGAUCAGUGAUCUGAGAUCACUCAGGUCAUAGCACAUCAAGGUAACUGACAAAUCCAUCCUUGGAAAGAUUCGUUGUCGGUUCAUUUAGUUUGCUAUGAUCCAAGUGAUCCUUAUCCGGAUCAUCCUAAAUGGAUGCAUCCCAUGUUAACACCUAGGGCCUAUUCUCGAAAAUCCUGUAACUUUUUUUAUUUUUGCCGUGUUUGCAUUCAAGAUCACAGUUUCAAUAAUUUUGAAAAUGACACUAUGAAACUAUCAGCUAGUAGCUAGGAACUGUUGAGUAAAUUGUAUACUACUAUUUUUCAAAUCGGUGAUGGUUUUAAAAAUGUUGUUGUGUAUUCAAAAGAAAGACUGAUCCCUGGGCAUUUUUGGAAGCCCAAAAAGUUUUCUUCAUGGCCUUUUGAGGAAAGGUCCAUGAUGGGGAAAACUUUCUCAAGUAGUUUUGUCCGUUGGAACUCAGCUGGAAGAUAUGGAUACACAAAAUUUGCAUUAGCAGUGAUAUAGGUACAUGUGCCUUAGAACUUAAGCCCAAUCCUCACUAGUGACGAAAGCAUAAGUAUAAUCAUAAGAGUAAACAUCAUGUAAGCAUGAGCCUAAAAAGUGAUUUUCUUGUGUUCAUGCUGAUUAUGCUUGUGUCAAGGCCAUCCUUGCUAGUGUAUAAGCUCCUAAUGUUCACGCUGAUGCUUAAGCUUGCGUUCCUAGUAAGGACCAGGCUGGACAGAAAACCGAGUUUUAAGACUUUGUUCUGAUCUUUACUUGAGUCUCGUACUGUGCCCUAAUUCUGAUCUGUACUCAGGCCCAAUACCAUGCCCAAAUUCUGGUGUGUGUGCCUGAAAAAAGGGUGGUUCACACACUGUACUUGGGAAACAUGUCAAGUAUGAACAUGACAUACUAAUACCCCACUCGGUACUGUUCCAAAAUAUUAUUUGGGUGAAAAUUAAGAAACCAUUUUAAUAUUAUUUUUGUUUUCUUUGUUUGAGAUUUUCAUGCUAAACGUUUCAAGACAAAGUAAAAUAAAAAGAAUGUGAAAAAACUUCCAAUCUUCAAAGUUUUGAACCUUCAAAUUCUUUGUUUUUUGUUUUGUUUUUGUAACCAUGCAAAGAUGACUUGUGUGAUGCGCUGAUCAAUAUCAACAUCCCCUCCCUGAGAAUACCUGAUGUAAACCUGUCCCAAAAAGUUCAAAUGUAGGGUGUACCAGUAGAGAUUUGAAAUACUUUACGUGAAAGGUUUAUGAUCUACCAUCUACCGGUACCUAGUAAAAAAACGUGCAACAAAUAUCAAAAUAAUUUAACACUGGUAAGUCAUGUACAUGUAUCUCCUAGGCAGUAAAACACACUUAUAAUAAUAUGCAUCUGGGUGCCAUGUAAAUGGCGUUACAUUUAGUUACUGUCAAGGAAGGCGCUCUUAGUAUUUUGUCUAAUGGAAACUUAUCUUUUGCAAGCAAGUAUUACCUGCAUUCUAAUUUCAACACUCAAGGAGUUACUGUUUGUUAAACAUAAAAUGUAAUAAAUUAUUUGUAACCAUAAUGAUUUUUCAACAGGGAACCAUAAAAUAUUUGGCCAUUCCCUAACGGUGGAUGCUGUACACAGAAUUUCGACACUUAUUGUUUUCUUAAAGUCACGUGAGUUUAGCUGUCUUUUUUAUUAAAUAAUCAUGCAAUUUAUUUUAAUUGUGGACAGGUACACAGGGUGCAAAGAAAGUCAGUUUUACAGCUUGCCAUUUAGACAAGCUGUAGCUAGCGUAUACAUGUACUAGCUAUAAUAACUAUCAUAAUUCAACAGUUGGGCAAGUUAAGAACAGAAUUCACUAGCCCAAUAGUAAAAUCCACCAGCUCUGGGCUGUCGGACACCACUUUCUUUGCAUGCUGGGUCCAUCCUUGCCAUUACAUACAUGAACUGGCCAUCAGCUUACUAAGUGUUGCAGAAAAUAAAGUCCUCAGUGAAUGUUUAUGUAUAUACAUAUGUACUGUUAAAUUCUCCUCUUGUUUCAAACGAAAACACAAGGAAAUUUGGUUGGAGAAUCUGGUAGUUAGCCACCCUUUCAUAUCUUUUUUUUGUUAUAUUUUGUACUUGGUAUUAACUGGAAAAUUGGCAGAUGCUCUUCAUUCAAAUGACACUAGAAGAUGUACAGAUUAUCUUGAUGGAUGAGUUAUUCAUUAUCUGAAAAUCUGGCAUGAAUUAAGUUGGCCUUUGGAUAAGCUGAUGAUCAAAUUGGCCUAGAAAAGUUGCUUUAUAGACAGACAAUUGGAGGAGCAAAAUCAGAUGAAUUUUACCUCUGAAAUAUUGAUAGUUCUGGUUUCAAACCAGAGGACUUGUCCGGUGAAAAUUGAAAAUAUCAGACCCAAAGGAUGUUGAUUACAGUAUUUCCUGGAGGCAGAACUCUGCAAAUUUGUGCAUUUGGGAGUUUAUAAUCUUAACCCACUACUUGACUAGACUAGAUUCCCAAAUCUCUUGUCUCAGACAAGAAGUUUGCAGAAUUCCAGCUUUUAUUCUACCAGAAUCAAUAAUAAUAUUAUUGUUGUUACAUAAUUUCAGCAACGCAAGUUGCUGACCAUACCGGGUGUUCAAAUUUAUCAAAUUUAUCAAAUACAAAUACCGUACCUCACUGGAAAAUACAUAAUACAGCCAUUAUUUUUGAUAGUGUACCUGUAGUCAGUAAACUUUAAUUACUGGUAACGGAUAGUAAGAAGCUUGUAGGAUGUACAGCCAUUCAGCAGGGUUGUCAUUAAGAGCCGGGGGCCAGGGAUUUCCCCCGGCUACUAUGAGUGUGGUUCCCGACUACUUUUAUUUUAAAAUAGAAGAAAAAUAGAACCAAAUUAAAGAAAUUCCUUGCCGUUUGAUUCCCCGACUACUUGUUGUAUUUACCCGGCAACUUGAAAUCUUAGUGACAACCCUGCAUUCAGUCAUGUUUUUUUUUCAGAUGUGAGCAAGGAAGGCCUGUUCAGGGUAUCAGGCAGUAAAAAAAGAGAGGAAGAGUUAAAAUCCUUGCUUGAUAAAGAAGAGCAUGUUGACUUUGACAGUGGCAGAUUCACUCCUCAUGAUGUGGCAUCUGUUCUGAAGAUCUUUCUUGGUGAUCUUCCAGAACCACUCCUAACCCAUGCACCUCAGGAUGCUUAUCGCAAAAUCACAGGCAAGUUUCAUGCAUCCAAUAGUCUUUUUAAAUGAAAGACUGUAUAUUGUUUUUUUCUUUGAGUUACUUUAACUGGUUGUAAGAAUUGUUGUAAGUUGUUGUGUCAUUGGUCUGCCUUAAACAAUAUUUUUUAACGUUUAUUAGCUUUGUGAAGAUGGUCACCUCAAAAAAAUUAUGUUGUGCUGGUUUUGUGCCAAACUAACAAGUGACCUCUAGCCCCGGGGGGGGCACUUGGAUAAUUUUUGGGUGGGUAUGUGCCGCCCGGGACUCUAAAUUGGCACCCCGUUCUAAAAAAAAUUUCCCCUAAAAUUGAUACCCCGUUAUAGAAAUGAGCCAAUUUUUUAUACCCCGUUCUAGAAUUCGCCCUAAAACUGAUACCCCGUUCUAGAAAUGGGCCAGUUGCUUAUACUCCGUUCUAGAAAGUUUGUAAAUUGAGAAAGCCCUGUUUUUUAAGAGAUAUUUCUUUCCUUGUUCGACUUAUACAUCAAAUAAAUGCUUCUUCAUAAUCAGCAACAAUUUUAAGCAGAAGAUAAAGCCGUGAUCCACAAUUUUUUAUACCCCGUUCUAGAAAACGCCCCUGAAAUGGAUACCCCGUUCUAAAUCAGGAGCUUCAAAAUCACGACCCCGUUGGGCGGCACAUACCCGUAUAGGUAAUGUAUGGGAGUGCCCCCCCCGGGCCUCUAGCUCUCACGCAAAAACGUUCCUUAUAAUAUCCAUUUGAAUGGCUGAAUGCAUGGCAAGUGAUGGAUGAGAAACAGAUAGCCAAGCCAUUUGAAACAGAACUGCCAUACAAAUUAAUGGCUGAAGAACAUUUUUGAAGGAUGAGGUUGAAUGGCUGAAUGGCCAAAGAAAAUUAUUCCCUGGUCACCCGAAGGCAAAACUGAGUCUCCAGGGGCCAGCCCCGUAUUGGCAACUAGCUAUUAUUCUUAUGGUUGUUUUUAAUAAAUUUAUCAUAACAUUAACUACCUACACUUUCCAAAGAAGCCUCGUGAAUUGUUGUUGUUAUCAAAUUAGUCUCUUUUAUUGACAUUGCAAAACUGCUAUCUCUUAAUUCGUGCUUUUAGAAAUACCCAAUGAUGAAUCUGAGGCCAAGCUGAUUGAAGCAUUACAGCUUCUGUUUCUUUUGGUACCACCUCAAAACAGAAUGCUCCUACAGCAGUUGUUGGGGCUUCUCAACCUGGUUGCUAAGAAUGCUAAUAGUAAAAUGACAGCCCACAAUCUUGCUUUGGUUUUUUCACCUAACAUAAUGGACUUUAAAAAGGUGUAGUUCAUUUUAAAACUUACAGAGACAAUCAUUAUUACAUGUACACAUGUGAGAACUUGUGAUGAGGAGUUACAGGUAUCAUUUUGCACGUGAUUCUCAGAUUGGUUCAGAAAUGCAUACUGAUUUAAAAGAUCGGAUCUUUGAUGGAUACUUUGAAUGUGGAACUGUUCAAUAUUAUUUAUCUAUUUCCCUUUUUUUUUUUCAGAAAAUAACUUGUCUAAGCCAGUUUCCUGAGGACAUACCAGACAUGCAGAAGCUGGUCACUUCCAUGAUUUGCCAUGCUGAAGAACUCUUCAAGGUUUGUACUCAUAAUUUGUUACAUUGAGUGACAUUCAUGCUUCUAGAUAUUGUAGGCUCUUAUGAUUUUUUCAACACUCAAAGAGAAAGCUCUAAGCUGCCAUGAAAUGUGUAAUAGUCUGUUUAUUUUACAAACACCAAUGAAAUUCUAAUCCAUUUUGCUUUAAAAUUUGCUUGCUUCAAUAGGUGUUUUGGUUACUAUGAGCAUGACCCCUGGCUAUUUUUUAUAGGAAACAAAAGGAAAAUGAGACCAAAAGAACUCCCUUUUUCUGUUCAGUUGAACCCCACCUACUGACUGCAUAUACCUAGCAACUUGAAAUCUUAGUGACUAUCCUGUAUAAUAGUAUUGGCAUUGACACAAUAUGGAUCCUCUUAUCACAGGUUUAACUGUACAUAUAAUCCUAUUCUAUUCAAAUGUUAUUCUCAGUUCUAUUGCAGACAAAAUCUGUACUUCUCCGUAUUUGUUUGAGUGAUGUUGUUGAGCCAUCCAGUUCUCUCUACCUCUUGUGCACUGGGUUAUUAUUGUUGCGUUUAUAACACCUGAUUGACUGAUAAAUGUGCUUUUUACAGAUUCCAAAUGGACUUUUAGAAGACAUUGAUGCAGCAGAAGCAAUUAUUCAAAAGGGAAGCGUGAGUUGGUUUUAAAUGACCGAAAGUAUUACAAUUAUUUAACCCUUUUAUGCCUAAAUGUAGCUGGGAAUCUAGAGCUAGUCAAGGCUUACAUAAUUUGACCUCUAAAUAACAAUUGCUAAAAUCCUCAUACAAACCCUUAUAGUAUUUCUGUUAUGCAAUGACGAUUCUCACUUGUGAUCUUGGGGUACCUGUGCUCAUACGACCUAUAAACAAGCUUUCCCCAGGCAAACACAAAGAACGAAUAAAAAGAAAACAUCAAGGGCUUUCAGUUUGUGUUUCCGUUUUCUACAUGCUUUGCCUUACACGUCCCCUUUUUCCAUCCCCAUUUCAUGGAUUUACACUUGACUGGAACACUCCUGCCAUUCCCUCUUCCUUCUCCACGGAACUUUCCUAUACUAGUAUCAACAAGGCCAGGAGCCCCCCCUCCCAAAAGGCCUUAUGGGGCACUGUUUUUGGACGAUAUGUAGAGUCUUAAAGCUGACCCUACAAUGCAGACAUUCUUAGGCUUUGUCACGCAAAGAACGCGUAACUGGGCCCUGAGAAGCGUCCGCUUAGGAGGCUAGCUGAGUAGUUAACCUUUUUUAUGUCAUUUUAACCCAACAGGAGGAACUGCCGGUCACGCGCACAUUUUGUCAGCAGAUGGAUCAAACUGUCCAUAAACAAACCGUUCAACAAACAACGACCGAGGCUUUAAUACAGCUCUACAACCAUGUGAUUGACUUGCCUGAUGGACCUGUUAAACAAAAGUUCAUGCAAAGGGUGAGAAUAGUAAGCCAGUAAUGAGAAAAUAGGAAGUACAGGCGAACAUCCACUAACGGCCACCUCUCUAGAAAAGCCACUUUUCUUUUGUCCCGGCGGACAGUCCAUACAUUGACUCUUGUUUAAAGCUCUCUUUUUUUGCUGACUGAGAUAGAAUCAUAACUGUCUGGAUGGUAGAUCAUCGAGUGCUACUGAAGUUGUCUUGAAUUUUUCUUACAAUCUUCGAAUAAACGCUGCAUUCUUCUGUUUGGGUGCGGUGUUUAAUGUAACCUGAGUAUCAGGCUUUCCUUAUUACAUGUAGGUAGGUACGAUAGAGGCCAUUAGGAGCUUAAAGAAAGUCAUUGUCUUGUGUUCACGCCCUCUAAAAAACGCAAAACGUAGUCGUGCAUUGACAGCAAAAAAAUGUACAAAAAAGCGUGAUGCAUGUGCAGAAUCGUUGUUUUGCUUAUGUAAGUCUAUUACUUGUUUGCCUUCCUCGUUGCCGUCUCCGUCGUCCUUGCUUAAACUCCCUAUUUGCUUUCUCCUGCCCCCCUUUUUAAUAUUAGGCUGAUUUAGCAACAGGACGGGAACGUCAGUUGACGACCGGAAAGCGCACGGAAAGGACUAAACACGACUUCCGGAGCCCAACUUGCCGCUCUGCCAUUGGUCAAGCCAGUUGUUUAAUUUACGCGCGCCGUCGUCUACUGACGUUCCCGUUCUGUUGCUAAAUCAGCCUAUCACUGUCUUCUAUUAGCCUGUAAUUCUUCACUUUCAUUAAGUCACUUAACAAUUCUGCAGUUUUUAAUGGUUUUAGAUGUUCACAUAAUUUCUUAAAAUUUCUUUGCAGUUUCAGAAAGUGCAUCCCGGUACACCUCCUUUUGUUCCUCGUUCCAAGGUUUGAUCUUUUUUAUAGCUUUUGCAUGUUUUUUUGUAGUUCAUAUGUGUCAGGUAGACUUGCCCACAAGUGGAGCCCAAAAUUUGUCCCGAGUGCGAGGCGUGUUUUCUGGGGCCAAAGAGUGCGAGAGAGCGGCAGCUCGGCCUUCUAAGAAACGGUAUUUAUAGGUAGAGUAUCUGGAUUAGUACACUCUUUUCUCCUAUAAGAAUAUUGAGGCUGAAAGUUGCAAAAUUUAAGAAUAUUUUAAGAAGAAACGCGAGACUGAGAAUUUGAAAAAAGUUUUGUAAAUACAGCACCAUUUAUGUUUUUAGCUUAACCGUAGAAAAUUAUUCCUUUUACAAUACGGCAAGAACACUGGUGAUUGAAACCCCAAUACAUUCGAAAGCGGAAAUACCCUAAGCUAUAAUGUAUAAUUAAGAAUAAUUUAAGAACAUUUUCAGCCUUAAGUCGAUAGAAAAAUAAGAAUAUUCAGCCGGUGCGGAAAAACAGCAUUCUUAUAUAUAAAAAGAGUGUAGCCGAAAGGUCAUUCUUUGUCCGAGUCGCCUGUGUUGCUGACUGAGAAAACAUCAUUCUUAGAACAGAAAAGUUACAUACAGUACUUUCCGAGAAAAGGUUGGAAAAAUUGCUCCAUGGACCACGAGGGCCAGCCAGGAUUCCGGCUUUUCCCCACGAAGAUUUCCGGGUUAGUUGAAGGAGUAAAAAGAACAGAAACCACGGGAAUUCGGGUCCAGAAUUAAAUUUAUCGCAGAUGGGAUUGGGAAAAAAUGGUGGAUGGGACAGUGUGAAUGUUGAAAGAAAAUUUAAAAAAAUCAUGACGAUGAAUUAAAAGUAAAAAAAAAUGUAACGCUUUGUCGUUCGUGUCUCAGAUAAACCCUGUAAACCAAAUGGACGUUUCCACGCCAGUGAAAUCAACGGGAAAACCAAGCGCUUUAAAAAAUGCCUCACAGUCACCUAUCACAGAGAGAUACACAGCAACAAGUACGCCAACGAUGAUCAAAAGAGUUACAUUUGAUGUUGUUGACACCCCAGAUUCCUUGUUUGGUCGCGCACCCCAGUACAAAGCCACUCCUUUUCUCUCCAGAACAGCAAUAAAAACACCUUCAGGUGUAAUGUGUUCGCAAAAUACUCCACAAAGCAACCAUAAACGAGGAAAAACAUCGCCGUCCAGUCCGGAAGAUUUGCUUUCAACUAGAAAGGAUCCUAGGGUGUCCUCAGUUCUUACUCCAAGAAACAGUGUUUUUAACACCCCAUCGGGUUUCAUGAGUGCAGCUUUGGACUUCUCUUGUGAUGAGGUAUUUUCCACCCCUGCAAAGAUACGACGCAGUUCUCCUCCCAAGAUGAGGCUUUCGGAUAAUGAUCAUUCGGUAAGUAUUUAUUUAUUUAUUUACCAGCUUUUCUGGACAUAGGCCUGCUUUGCCCAGAGGAAAUGUGCACGAACGGGACUCAGGUCCCAUGCGAGGUGCCAUCCCUACCCAAUCCCACAACCCGUAAAGGUUGGCCACACCACCGGGGUCUACAACCCCUACUCUUUUCGAACAGUGGUGUGGGGUCUUUUACGUCCCACAAGAACCAGAUAAGUGAAAGUGCUGUGAGACGGGACCUACGGUUUUUCGUUCUUAUCCGAGAAGACUAGAAAGUCGAACUAUUUGCAGAUGGCAAAGGCAGCACUUCCUUCUCAGUUAUUUAAAGACCCUGAGUGUUUGUCCGGCCGGGGUUUGAAUCCGCGACCUCCCGCUCGGCAGACCGGCGCUCUCCCAACUGAGCUACCCAGGCGGCGGUAAAUUAUAUUAGCAUAUAGUUUUUUACAUGUAAUUGUAAUUAGGAAUGAAAUUGCGAGAGUUGAAGACUACGCGCGUGUGAGCUGCAAAAGAUGCAGAAAACCAACUUUAGCCUCUCCUCCUCGUAGGCUGAUCUUGAACUCGAAUUGCACCAAGGGACGUUUUUGGAGACGCUAUCGCUCAUGUUAUUGGCUAUUACAAGUUUGAUCAGGAAACUGGGUCAACAUUCGUUCCCCCAAACAGUCCCACAGUGCAGCCUUGAAUCAUGUGAAAAUGAAUUAUUUCAUAUACUUCACAUCAGUGCAGCCUUAGUUCAUCAAAACACCAUCCCAGUCUCUUGUACAACCUCAAAGUGUCCAAUUAGAUCUCUUCAAAUAGAAUAGAAUAAUCUUUGUCAUGCUUUUGACGAUGUACAUGGUUGAUAUUACAGUCUAAUAGAUACAUACCAAUAGAAGAUUUAAAUCAAAUUUAAUUGGUCGUUUGUCGGUUGAGCCGUGAUGUUACUGGCUUCGAAAUGUCAUUGGUUUGUUACGAUCCGUCCAUUGUACAGUUUUUAGUCAAAUUGUCGGUUGUCGAGUCAUUCCACCGUAGUUAGUUCAGCCUGAGUCCAGUGUCAACAAUAGUCCGAUUCAGUACUACGUUUACCCGGACGAUCAUUCCCAAUUUCCGUAUGAAAUGGCUCCUGGGUUCAAACCUUCACAGUUUUACGUCAUCUUUUGUAGCCUGCGAAGCGCAGGCGUAUUUCCGGUCGUCGCUUCUCUCCCUCCGAAAAAUAGGGAGAGAAGCGACGACCGGAAAUACGUCUGUGCUUCUUACAUCUUUUCGUACUAACAAAAUAAAGGGGUGCGUAUGUGCGUGCAUAGGCAUGAUUAGAUAAAGUACAAUUUCCCUUUUUUUUCAGAUGGAAGAGUUUUACAUAUGAUGUAACAGUUAAGCCUUACUUGGAUGAACAGCCAUCUGAUAUCAGACUGCUGAUGGGUCUUGGUAUCAACUCGAUAGACGGAACUAGACAGGGAUUUCAGCGUGGCAGAUUUCCCCUCAGUUCCCGUGACUACACUGUUUGAAAAACUAUUUCCAUUUGUUCGAGUGCGGGUCAUUGGUUUUACUUAUUUUUGUGUUUAUUUAAGUCUCAGAAAGUAAUACCGGUGUUGAUAUUUUAAUUUAGGUAUCCUUUUGUACGAUAAUAGGCCUUUAUACUCUGUGUAAAUGUACUUUACCGUCUUUCCUCCACACCUUCUAGGUUUAUUCAAUAUUUAUUUAUAUAUUUAGAAGUUAGAG